AUGGCCAAGGAAAAUUCUCCAUCACUAAUUGAAGUUGUAAAACAAGUUGCAGAGCAGCAGCAAUCACAAGCAUCAGAGAUAGAAAAAAACAAAACAAUUCUUUUCCAAUUGCAGGCAAAGUUUCAGGAGCUAGAAAAAGAAAUGGAUUCUACCAUGUUAGAAAUUAAGACAACAGAAAGAGAGAUAUAUCAGCAAGAUGAGGCUGUAGAAGUGACAAAAUAUCACUGUGAAAAUCUGGAGGCCCAAGUUGGAGUCCUAUAUUCUGAAAUUUUAAAGCUGAGGCAUGAUGCAGAAACAGCACAAGAAGAGUUUGAGAUGACAUUUGCAAGAAAUAAUGAAUAUCGGGAAAAAAUAAAGGCUCAUAAACAUCUCUUUUGGGAGAUGGAAAGUAAAAUGCCGAUUAUGAUGGACCUUGCUAGAAAGAAAGCUGUUGUUAAAGAAUUAAACACAAAGAAAGAGGAGUUACUGCGUGAUCUUCAGAAUCCAGAAGGAUCUCUUAUAAAACAAGUGCAGGAAGAAAUUACAGUUUUAAAAAGGAAAAUCACAACACUGAAAGAGCUCAUCAGUAACAAAACAGAUUUACUGGAAGAAGAGAAAAAAAUACAUGCUAAACUUAGAAAAGAAAUUGAGGUGCAGAAUAAGAGGUAUGAUGCUAUUCUAAAACGUUUGCAUUGCCAACUGAACAAACUCCAUUCAAAUAAAAGACAAUGGCACUGGAACAUUCAGCAGCUGGAAAAGAAAGCAGCAGAACUAAGAAAGUGUCUUGGUGUAGUGGAGUCGCAAAGUUGCAUAUAA